UGUACAGGUAGCUGCAUAGAGGUGGUUAGCGGUGGGCACACACACUUACUCCUUCAGUCGCUCCAUCGAGCACUCUACCAUCUAUUUUAGUGCAGAGCUCUUUCAGAAUCGGUGAACUGCUAAAAAGGAAUCAAGCUGAAUUCAUUACUACAGGAUUAUUGAUGUGUAGGCUGGGGACACUGAUCAAUGCUACAUGUAUAUGCAUCCUCAUCUCCGCCCAGCUAACAUACCGUAGCUUAUUAACUUUCAAUCUUAUUGAAAAUUCGUUGAGCAUAUUUUGAAGAAGAACCCUGUUUAUUUGGACUAUAUUUUAUAAUCAAGCAGGUGGACAAAGUUUGAUCUAGUUGUAUUUAAUUGAAUUCAAGUCUUUAGCAUUCGGAUAAGGAAUAUAUGCUCAUCUGUGUGCCUAGGAAACAGAGGAUAUAUUCCAAGGAUUGUAUAGUACUAUUUCUUCUGAUACAAAGCGAAUAGAAACAUCUCCCUGUUGGUCUGUUUGUAGAGGAUGAGACACGAAGCAGGAGUACAGAUGGCAUCAGCAUCAGUAGACAACAAAUGGCAGAAGGAUGCUGCAGACCAGAACUUUGAUUACAUGUUCAAACUUCUCAUCAUUGGUAACAGCAGUGUAGGAAAGACAUCCUUCCUCUUCCGAUAUGCAGACGAUUCCUUCACAUCAGCGUUUGUAAGCACUGUGGGCAUUGAUUUUAAGGUCAAGACUGUCUUCAGACAGGACAAGAGAGUCAAACUACAAAUCUGGGACACCGCAGGCCAAGAGAGGUACCGUACUAUCACCACAGCCUACUACAGAGGAGCUAUGGGUUUCAUCCUUAUGUAUGAUGUCACAAAUGAGGAAUCAUUCAACAGCGUACAGGACUGGUGCACACAAAUCAAGACAUACUCAUGGGACAAUGCCCAGGUGAUCCUUGUUGGUAAUAAAUGUGACAUGGAAGAUGAAAGGGUCAUCUCAACAGACAAGGGCAAACAACUCGCUGACCAACUAGGUCUUGAAUUCUUUGAGACGAGUGCAAAGGAGAACAUCAAUGUUAAACAGACAUUUGAGAGGCUGGUUGAUAUCAUAUGUGAUAAGAUGUCAGAGACGAUUGAUACAGAUCAGACUCUUAGACCUUCCACAACCAUCACACCAACAGAUCCUGGACAGCAACAAGCUAGCUCGUCAUGUUCAUGCUAAGAUGGUUUGAUGGGGUAGGAGGGGAGGGGAGGGGAGGGGUAAGGACUGGAGGAAUGGAGGGAUGUAAGGUUGGAAUGGGGGUUAAGUAGAUGUACAUGGAAUGAAUGGAGAGAGGUUUAUAGAAAAAAGAGAUUUCUACAUGAAGAAUAAAGUGUUGGAAAGUCAAACAAAAUAUAUUUGAGUAUGUCAUCAAUCUCAUUUGCUCUCUUAAAAGAAAUGAAAUGCAAAGUAAAUACAUGUUACUUUAAGUAAAUGUCCAUGACAGGUUUAUUGCAUUUAUUCAAAAUUGUAAAUGAUACUAUACUCUUUAUUCCUAUAGUGUUACCAUUGAUUAAUGGUAGUAAUAUCAGAAGAAAUUGAAUGAUAAACAUGUUAUUUGAAUGGAGAAUAGACACGAGGAUGGCUAUAAUGAGGAAUGUAAGAGAAUGAUUGUGUGUAUGUGAUGGUAGGAUGAGAUGAGUUGCAUUACCAUGUAUGUCUUUGCCAUGAUUGUAGAAUUCAGUUCUAUUCCCUUAUCUUCUAUUCCUCGUUACUUUCCUAGUGGUCUCUAAGACAGUAUAACACAUCUUCUAUUACACUCAUUGCUUGUAGUUGCAAUUCAAAAUGCUGUAUGUGUAGAAUAAGAUGAAUCAGUUCCCACUCUAUAGUGUGUAUAUGCUCGAUGAUAUCAGCACAAUCUGCCAUGCACUACCCUCUUACACCUGAUUGACUGUGGUACACCAAUAUAAUAUCAUUCAUUGCAAGUGUUCUUUUUCAUGGUUGUCUUUCUAUUCAGAACAUGCUUAGCAUUUGCAGUCAAUGGGUGUAAUGCAUUAGGGGGCUCUGUUCAACCUGCAUGUACAUAUACACUUCUGUAUGUAAAACACAGAUAACAAAUCAAUUGAAAUCCUUUGUGAUCAUUAAUGUAUGUUUGACUGUGAUGGUAAUUUUUUUUAUUAAUUUAAAAGCGAAGUCCGGACAAAUGGACUGCUGAAUGAAAUGACAUGAAUGAACCCCCCCCCCCCCCAGUCAAGUAUGCCCAUUGUUAAACAUGAACCAUGAGAAAAGGUUUCAAGCAUUAUUGUGUCAAUCCAUCUUUUCCAACAUGAGCCUCCAUCAUUGAUAUUCCAAUAUUACAUAACAAACUUAGUGUGAGAACUACAUGUAUUGUUGGUUGAUGGGUUGAAUGUGAAGAAAAUGAUAGCCAUAUACAACUCACACAACUGGGCCAAAUAACAUGAAAUACUUACUUUCAGAUUCCUCUGUGCGCUUUAGAAGGAUCAAGAAACUCUUCUGACAUUUCAAAAGUAAUCCACAUGAAAUAAAGCUGCCCUAGAUGACCAUUAUUAUGCUGAUAUUGCAAGGAUGUUAUUAUAGAUUUUGAAUAUAGUUUGGUUUCAUGUAGAAGUGAGUAUUUCAGUGUCAUAUAAAAAUGAAAAGAACACUACAUAAGGGUCAAGAAGUUAUCCAUUGGUUGCUUGCCAAAGGCAUUAUUUGUUUUAUGUCCCUCUAAGUAGCAUGCCAAAUAAAGAAUAUAAAUGUUUACUUUGUUUAAAGAAGGAUGAGUAGAAAAAAUGGAGAAUUAAUAAUUCCUUUAAUUUUAAAUUACAUCCUACUCAUUGUAGCUUUUUUAGUUUUAAUGGUUUAAACAAUGGCUAAUUUCAAUUUCAUAUCGAAAAUUGAUGUUCAAGUAACGAGCAAUAUGUAAUGUUAAGAAGUGUAGAUAUGAUACAUUUCAGGCUUUGAUGAUACUAUGUGAACAAAAAAUAACAAUGAUUUUUAACAGAUACGUGUACUGUCAGCAAGGAAUUCUGAAGAUAAAUUGGUACUUGAGAAUAUUUUGAUUUUCAAGUUAUCAUACCUAUGCAAUCAAAAUGAGACAGAGAACUGUUAAAAGUGCAGGGCAUACUUAGGAAAUAGACUCACUUUGAUUUCAAUAAAAUGAGGUAACAUUUAGUUACAAUUUUGUCAGUAUGAUUAUAAAACCAUAUGAUAAUAUGAAUUGUUUAUUUGUAAUUGUUGAUAUCACUGCUGAGAGCUUACUGCCCUUCAGGCUCAAAGUAGUUGAUAUGAUAUUCAGUCAUAUAUACAAUGAUAUCCUGAAGCAUGACAAUCUAGUUUGAGGAUUAAUCUGUCGUAUUAUCUUACUAUAUUGUUUCUUCAGUGGAUUUUAAUUUGUUAGCAACUUGGAAUUUUAUUGGGACCAUGUUUGAACAAGUGAACUAACAUUCUUUCUAAAUCAGUUAUUUCAAAACAUAUUUUCUCUUCUAGAUAUUACACAAUAUUUAUUGUAAUGUAGGUGUUUGAAAGAGUAUACGUUGUAAUUUCAACACAAAUAUAUGGAGUACAUUGUUUUAAACAGUAAGCAAACCACUUUGUAUAUAUUUCUGGGAUUUCUUUGGUUAGUUUAUCUAGGUUUCCAUCAGUAAAAAGCAUCCAAUGUGUGCUUGUACUUAAAAACAGGUUGCUGAAAAUAUUUAUGUAAUAUCUGGGUCAAGGUGAUGAGGUCUUUCUGUAAUGUGUCAUAAUAAGUCUUUAUUUGUUGUUCUGGUUUAGUGAAAAACCCUAGUUUGUAUUUGUUUAUUUCCUUUAUUUGGUUUAGAACCUUUUUAGAAAUCCCACCAUUCAACAUUGAUGUGCAAUAUGUCAUACAUAGAUAUAUGUUUGUUGGUAUUUAUACAUUGUACACAUAUUCAUAUGUGCUUUCUUUCUCUCUCUGCCUGUCUGUCAUCAUAUGUGAUAAAUUUCAAGCUUUACUUCGUAUCUUCAAUUUAAAUAUUUCAAUUGAGAAUUUAUUUACUUCAUAUGAAAAAGGAAAUAACACCUGUGUACUUGCACAUGUAGUAUAAAGAUACAAUGAACAUGUUGUUUUCAUGGGGGCCGCCAUUUUGCCCUUUUAAGGGAGGGGGGGGGGCAGUAUUUUGUCUAAUGUCCUAUGGCUGUGAAAGCAUAUCUGUGGCGCCAUUGCGUUGCGCCAUUACCGCUCCCCUCUUGCUUGCAUGAUUAAAUCACCCUCUGUUGCCAUAGAAACACUGACGUCAGAAUGGUCUCUUGAGGAAAGCAGGCUCGUAGUGGCCACAGCGCCUAGCAUGUGAUAUGAUACUGUGUGAAUCAAAUGAGCUUUAUACGGCUGCAUGUAUUAAGGCGUGCAACACUUGCUCAGGAAACACUGACAAUGCUUGAGCAAUAUGUAAUGUCCGCCAAAAUUCAAUUCCAAGGCCAUGUGCAAAGCAAUUUUCUGUAUUUUAUUAAAAGACAUGAACCUAGGCUUUCUAGCGAGUGCUUGGGUGAAAUAUAAAAAGCAGUAGAAUAUGUGGCAUCGUAUCUAAAAAUGCUUUUGAGAUAACCAUGAUUAGUGGAUUUUUCAAGGCGGCAGAAUCGACUGCGCCUAAAUUGGGAUGUUGUCUGCAUAUAAAUUGAGUACAAACACGUAUAGAUGUUGAUAUUUUCAUGCUUGAUGCUUUUUUGAUUUGGCCAAUGGGCCUGACGAUAUAAUGCCUAGCUCUGCCAUGAUUAUUUCAUGUAUGUAUUCUUUUGGACUCAUUAGAGACAUCGGGCAUUUGUUAGCUUGUAAAAAUAGCGCGAAUUCAAGGACACGCGUAUGAACAUAAAAAGUGAAAUAUUUGUUGUGUAUAUUAUAUUGCCACUCAAUUAUUUACACUGUUGUGUUUCCUUGGCGCUAAGUGAUGUGAUUCCAUCUUGUAAUGGUGUCCAUAUCACAUUGUAAAUCAACAGUUUAGACAUGUUAUAGAAAUAGAAACAAUCUUUUUCCUCAAAAUUUCUCUUAUACAUAUUAAAAUAAAAUUAUUGAUAGUUUAUGUAACAGGCAUGGUAUCUAUUAUAUUUAUUUAUCUUUUUAUCACUUUUUUAUUUUAUUUUUUAUUAAUUAAUUAAUUUAUUAAUUCGUUAUUUUUUAUUCAUUAAUCUGUUUACCUAUUUCAUUUUUGUCUCUGUUAACAUCAUGCUCAUUAACCCCCUUGACAAUGGUGUCCUACAUUGUAUAGUGAUUGUAUGUUUAGACUUGUUAAGGCUUGUGGAUUCGGGUUACUUCAUUUGCAUAUCUGUAAUAGAAUCAUUUGCAAUAUGUUUGCCGUCCAUUCUAUAUCGCUUGAAAUGGACUCGACAUUGUGAAAGAAUAAUUGUCACGUGGUUAUCUUUUCCCGGUCAAUGAAAGAUACAUCUUCGAUGAUAACCUGUUAUAGUAAGACGAAAUAGGUAUUGUAAUUUUUACUUUUUUGUACACCAUUCCAUUUCUCUAAUAAGGUAGAUGUACUUCUUUUUAGUACAAAUAUGUAUGUAGAGUUUUCCUUUUUCCUUUUUUUAUUUUAUUUGAUUAGAUCUAAUGUAGAAUUAUUAAAAAUGACAUACAGUUAUUGGUAUUAACAAAGCCAAGUUAUAUAUUGGUGUUUAAUCUCUUUUAUUUUGCAAUGGGAUUGUGAACUUAGCGUAGUAGAGUAGCAAGGUUCAAGAUUUUCCAACGUUACAUUGUUAUAUUAAUUCAUGGUUAUCCCUGCCUCGUAGAAUAUGAAGAACAUGUAUUCCUAAAGAUUUUGUAGACAUACCCAAAUUCCAUUCCAUAUUGAUGUUUGUUAACCUAAAUGAAUAAGUGGCGUUUGUAUAUUGUGGUGACAGUGAAAUUAUUACUAUAUUGUUAUUACUAUCAAGUAGCUAUGGAGAUAUCGGUAUAUUUAAUAAAAGCAACCAUUAUUGACAAAAAAUGAA